AAAGAACAUAUUUAUUGUCGAGAAUGCGUACCUUAUGGUCGAGUUUGAAAAGAUCUCGUCCAUCUUUGUUUAAUACGGUUUCAAUAUCGAGAAAAAAAGUUCUCGUUAAUUGUAACGUUCAUGAGAGAUACGAGGAGAAUAAAAAAAAGUUGAAUAUAUCUUGUUCUGGAGAAUCUCACGACAGAAAAUACGUAACUUCGGCUACUACAACGACGAACGUUACUUUACGGGAACCACCGAGACCAAAAGGAUUUCCGGUAUUUGGAACCAUCUUUGAAUUUUUAACUACCGGUGGCGCUAAGACGCUUCAUGAAUACGUCGAUCGUAGACACAAAGAAUUAGGACCAAUUUAUAGAGAACGUAUCGGUCCGAUAAUGGCAAUUUUUAUUAAUUCACCUCAGGAAUAUCGAAGGAUUUUCAGACUCGAAGGACCAACGCCUAAACAUUUUCUUCCUGAACCAUGGGUUCUCUAUAAUGAGUUACGAUCUUUACAACGAGGAUUGCUUUUCAUGAACGGAGAAGAAUGGUUACAAUUUCGACGAAUAUUAAACAAGGUGAUGCUGUUGUCAGAUCCAACCGACAUGUUUGUUGGUCCAUGUCAAAAAGCUGCUGAGGGACUAGUAGAAAAAUGGAUGAGUCAACUCAGUAAUGAUGAUAUUUUAUCCCAAUUGGAAACUCAACUUUAUCAAUGGUCGAUCGAAGCGAUGUUGGCGACUUUAAUGGGAUCUGCGUGGCAUCGUCAUAAAGCAAAAAUAUCACGAGAUUCAGAGAAUUUGGCUAGAACAUUGCAUAAGAUAUUCGAAUAUACCGCUGAAUUAUCAAUGUUACCGGCAAAAUUAGCGAAAACCUUGAGAUUACCUUCUUGGAAUAGAUUCGUUGAGUCUGCUGAUUCGGCGUUAAGUAUCGUUCGAACGUUGGUACCGGAAAUGGUUCGCCUUGGAGGUGAUGGUCUACUGCAGACGAUGAUGGAUGAAGGAAUUCGGGACGAUGAUCUUGUUAGGAUAGUAACUGAUUUUAUUAUAGCUGCUGGCGAUACGACGGCUUUCUCAACUCAGUGGAUGUUAUUUUUACUCGGUAGUGAUCCAGAAUUGCAAGAGAAAUUGUUUGAAUCUAUUAAAAAUCUUUCGUCGAAAGAAAUCUUACGUGAUUCAUUGAUAAAAGGAGUCAUUAAAGAAACACUUAGGCUCUAUCCAAUAGCUCCGUUUAUCACGAGAUAUUUACCAGAGGAUAAUGUCAUCGGUGGAUAUUUCGUGCCUAAAGGGGAAUUACUUUUAUUGUCAUUGUAUUCGAGUAGCAGAGAUCCUACGAAUUUUCCACGACCGAACGAAUUUUAUCCAGAACGAUGGAUCCGAACGGAAAAUGGUAAUUAUCAGGAUGUAAUUCAUCCUCAUGCUAAUAUACCAUUCGCUUUAGGCGCAAGAAGUUGUGUCGGUCGAAAACUCGCAGAAAUUCAAAUAUCUCUUGUUUUAGCUGAGCUUGUUCGUACUUUUAAGAUAAAAUGCAUGAAUAAAGAUGAAGUGAAAUUGAUAUUGCACUUGAUCUCUGUACCGUCUAAACCGAUAAAGCUUAAAUUAAUACAGAGAAAUUUUACGGAAAGAUAGCAGAAAAGCUCAAAAUAAUAUCAGCGAAUCAUAUAUGAAGAUUUAUACAUUUCUGGUAACUUUUUACAUUUUAGUAUAUUUAAUUACAUUGUUUUAUUAACCAGACGGUUAAAAAGAGACAAAAUAAUUUUUUACAACCUCGUAUUAUUUGUAUAUACAAUUCAGAAAUUAAAUUAUUAUUUAAGUAAUAAGAAUGCUGCAAGUUAUAAAAAUGUGUGCGAUUUAGUAAAUUUAGUAAAUGUAUUAUAUGUUAAAUUCUUAAAUAUACCAAGGAAUGUAAAAAAAUUGGAUUUCUCUUAUAAUUUCUUUUUUACUCUCACAAUUUUUCUGUAACUUACAGCCUUCUUUCUCUUAUUGUAAGAAUUUAAAUUGAUAACUAAUUUCCUCCUUCUCCAUUCUGUUGUGUACACAAUUGUAUCAUACAUGAUGAGGCAUUUAACAUUAUGACCUCGGUUAUCUUUUUUCUGCGCACGAUUAUUAAAUAAUGUGCAUGGUAAGUUUAUUCAAAUUUAAAAUUAUUAUAUUAUAUAUUAUAUU